CUGUCAAGCAUUUGAAGACAUUGAUUUUCUUUUUAUGACAGAUGUGGGCUUUUGAGUCUUAAAAUUUCUACAUAUGUUGAGCUCCUCCUGUGUGCCAAGAAAUGUAUUAGGUGAUCAGGACACAUCAAAACUGAUUUUUGACCUCUUGGAAGAACUGACAUACUCUAGUAAUGGGAACAGAAAUAAGCAAUAGGAAUUAUAAAUUAUUCAGUUAUGUUAGAAGGUAAUACAUGCUAUGGGAAAAAUUAAGGGAAAUUGGGUGGUUGCAGUUUUAGAGUGAUUAGGAAAGCCCUCAUUGAGAUGACAUUUGAGCAGAGACUUGAAGAAAGUGAUUGGGAUGUCUUAUAUAGAUUAUAAUAUAGAUGAUAAGACAACAAGGGUAGAAUCAGGGAGGCAAAGUUCGGAGGCCAUGGCAGUAUUUCAGGGGAGAGAUUAUCAGGGUGGUGAUGAAGUGGCGAGAAAUGGACAGAAUAUAGAUAUGGUUUGAAGGCAUAACCGUUGGGAUUUCUUGACUCAGUUUGUGGAUUGGGUACUAGAAAGCGAGUAAAGGAUUUUUGCAAGGCAGGCAUGCUUCUAAACAUUUGCCGUCCUGGGGUAGGAGUGCAAUGGAGACGCCAGUGAUUAAAUAUUUUAAAGUUUUGUUCAAUGAAGAUACGUCCCACACUACUAUCCUGCCAAAUACACCUUCACAAGUACCUAGAGGUCCAGGUUUGAAAUUCAGAUCCUUAAAACUCCUGUGCCAGAAGCUUCCUUGUGAGGAAGCUGAUCCUCUGCCUGUGUCCCACUUUCCUUGUCUUCCCAUUCCUGCCUCUGAAUUGUAUGGCAAGGGGCCUCCUGCACGUUUGUGUGGACAUUCCUAGCCUGCAUGUUCAAAAUCUGUCCACCUGCCUUACACACCAGUGCACACAAUGGUCAUGUAAUACUCUGAAAUAGCCAAGGUCAUUUAGGCAGGGUAUUUGGAGUGAGUACCUGGAGUAUAGUCUAGAACAAGUAUGAGUUCCAGAUAGGCAUGUAGUACUGGCUCUUCAAAGCACAGGGCUCCUUUUGUCUUGUUCUAAGGGCAGUACUGCUGCAAGGGUUUUGGCCUGAACAACUGUACAGAUAGAAUUGCCAUCACCUGAGAGGGGGAUUGCAGGUAAGUAGAACAGGUCAGGGUGAGGAGGUAAGUUUGGGAGUGCAUAUAUUCUGGUUCUCUAAUAGACAUCCAAAUAGUACUGUAGAGAAAGGGAAAAGGAAAAAAUUCAAUUUACAGUAACAGUGGCCUGGAAUAUAUAAAAACUGAAGGGUAUUUUUCAUUACAGCCAUUCUAACCAGCUAAGGCUCUUUAACAAACCAUGAACUUUGACUUCAGACCCUUACUGAACCAGUUCUACCCAGGCAUUUGUUUUAACCAGUCAUAUAUAAGCCUAUGGACUCCAUCCUAUCCAGCAUGCUAUUUUUUAUUCGCAAAAGCUCCAUGAACCCUGCUUUCUAUGAUCGAAAAUCCCCUCAGACUUCUCCCUCUAGCGAACUACUCAGUGCAUGUCUUCACCAGUAUGUGUUCCCUUGCCUGGGGGUGUUAUUAUUUUUUAACUUUGGUAGUCUGUUUUAUUCUUUGGCAACAAGCAGUUGGAUAUAAAUUUGGGAGUCUUGGGCAUAUAGAUCUUAUUGAAAAUAAUAAGACUGGAUGAGAUCAAGGGAGUGAGUGUAGAUAAAAACCAAGGGCUGAGCUUUGGGGCACUCAAAAGAUUGGAAAGAGGAGGAACCUGUAGAGGAGACAGACAAUGACCAGGGAGGUGGAAGGAAAGCUAAGUGGUGUCCUCGAAGCCAGUGAAGAACUGUCCUAGAGCAGAAGAUGAUCAACUCUCAGAUGCUGCUGAUAGACAACUUGAUGCAGCUGGCCAUAAUAUACACUUUGACUUAAGCCUUGUUAGUGACUUGUUAGCUAGCUUUCUAAACUUUAGUAAUUUUUAAGUGACAUUCGUAGGUUUUCAUUAUCUACAACUGAAGUUGUGGGUUUUUUUGGGGGGGGGCAGUUAUUUCCUGUAAUUCAUUUUCUGCGAAUUUGUCUUAAAAAUGGUAAUACGGCCAUUUUUGUGAGUUGGUGGUGACUGGUGAAAUUAAAAGCAAAGUUGUCACCUAUCUACAAGAUUCCUAUAUUAUACUACUGAGAUUUCCAAUAAUCAGUUGCACUAUGGUUGGAGAAGGCAAACUGUAUACUUCUGAGCUGUUCACAAAGUCACUAAGUUGUGAAAUACCCAACUGGAAAUUCUGAGUUUUUAAGUCUCUAAUUAUAACAAGUGCUUUUGAAAAUCGUGCUGCUGGUUGUUCAGACAUUGUGAAGUAGCUUAGAUAGAAUGCAUUUGUUGCGUCCUGAUAAACUGCAGAAGGAUAGAAACUGCAGUGGACUAAGAUGUUGCGUUUCUCAAGAAAAUGGCUUGGGCUUCCAGAAUACAUCUUAAUGUUUUACCCAGUUUGGUUUGUAUAGUAUCAAUUUUCCAUAUGAAAUGUCUUUCCCAGCUACACCUGCCCUCAGAGACUCUGAAUUACACAUUUAAAGGAAGUAUCCUUUCUAAGUGAGCUGAAGAAUGGCAUUCUGUUAAAAAGAUGAACAGCUGGUCAUGUGGAAAUUCUCUGGAAUGCUCACUUGUCCUGCAAAGGCAGGGGAAAAACUGAGACGUUAGGUGCAGUGUUUGUCAUUCAUUGGUAUACAGAAUUUUUUAAAAAGUCACCUUCUUAAAAUGUACUCAUGUAAAGAAAUCUUUACAUGACUUUGCCUUUCUCCUUAAAAGACGAAUCCAUCAACAAUGUGAAGGCCCUGAGAGCCCACUAAGUGCAAUUCAGUGGGUCUCAGGAUUGUGCUGGAAUUGUCCCAUUUGCUGAAACAUUGUUCCUUAUAUUAAGAUUCAGGACCCUCCCGUGUUUAAAAGUUAUCCUUUGUUCUCGAUUACCUUGGGAUAAACCUGGAAUUUCUUAAGCGUGACACACAAAGAAUUUGAAUCUUGCUCCGCUCUCCAAGCUCGUCUCUCACUUCUGCCCCUUUGAAUUCUUUGUACCAGCCUGAUGAAACUACAGAUGAGCUAAGCUCUCCCUUCUUCCUUCUUGAGUUCAAGUAGCAGCCUUUCCUCUUACCUUGGCCAACUCUGACUUAUCCACCCCUGCUUUAUUUCUUCUUUGUGUAAUUCUUCGUAUUUUCAGGGUCGGUACAUAGUUGGGGUUCUCUGUUUACUUAAUACAUUUCCCCCAAGAGAUUUGGUCUCGGCUUAGGCUCUUUAUUCUGCCUUGUUUCCCAGAAUUUCUGUAAAAAUUGUUUAAAUGGAGUAGGAGGGAGCUAGGGGCGAGUACCGCAUUACUUUCCCCAGGUUGCAGAUAAAUGAGAUUCCAAGAGAUCUGACCCGUUUGGCGUUUGCAAAGAGAGGGACCCGCGGAGGCUAGCCUGCCGUUUGGAAGGCUAAACUGCCUUAAAGUGUUGGGACCGGGCAUUACCUGAAUUUGUCGUUAGAGUUGAAUUACUGUUGUGAGCUAUUGCGGGCUGUACGGAUGGGUCAAGAGGGAAGCUAGAGCGCUCGUGUCACGGGUAAAGAUAGGCAGUGCCUGCGCUCCUGGCUCGAGAAAAGGAAGGCGAGAUGCCAUCCGAAGUGGUCCUCUUCCUCUAUCCCUUCCAAACGGGACAGACGGUAGCGCUGUUGCUUUAACAAUCGCCCCUUCGGCUCCAAGAAGAGCUAGUUAGUGACCGUAAGCGAAUGUGAGUGUAAAGACACCGUGUCCUCUCGGCCUUUGUGGACUAAGAUAUUUACGUAGUGUCCGGGGGAGGCACGCUUCCACGGGACUCCGCGGCUCGCGAGCCUCAACCCCAGGCUCCUUGCUCGCCCAGGCAGCGCGAAUCCCCAGGGCUGGGUUCCCGAGGGCAGAGGGUCAGCUUGGCGUACCAGGCACUGUCUGGUAGCUGUACCCGUCCUCGCAGCCCCAUCCUCAUUUUCCGAGGCUGUUAGCAGAAAGCCCCACCGGGAGGAGAGGCGGGACGGCUGGGGAUGGCCUCUCAGCGCCCUCUGCGCCUCGGCAUCCUUUGCUGGCCAUCUCGGGCGCCCUCGGCUGUGGCGCCCGGCGGAGGAGAGGAGUUUCCGGGGCUCGGGUCCCUGCAGCCAUCCCGGGGAAGGAGCGCGGAAGCGAGUGGGCGGCGAGAGGCGGAGCAAGGGACGCGGGGGGCGUGGACGCGGCCGGCUUUGGAAAGGCCCCAAGUUAAUGAGGCGUGCGCCGGCGGCGGAGUGCCUUUCGGAGCUGGGCUUUCCCCCGCGGCGCGGGCGCCAGGAGCCGCCUUUUCCGCUGGGUGUCACUCGGGGGUGGGGGGGAUGGCCCAUUCAAAAGCGCCGCGAGGGGGCCCGGCCAGAGCCCUUCAGUGAGCGCUCGCAAGAGGACGGCAGAGGCCCGGCGGCUCGCAGCUCCCGGACCUUGUGGCGCAUCAGGACGCGGCUGCCCUGCUGCUCGGACCCCGAGGAACCGCCGCAGCCGCCGCCGCCGCUCUGCUUCCUGCGCGUUAGCCUCUUCUGCGCGCUCCGGGCGGGCGGCCGCGGGAGCCGUUGGGGCGAGGACGGCGCGCGGCUGCUGCUGCCCCCCCGGGCCCGGGCGGCUGGAAGAGGAGAGGCCGAGCCGAGCGGCGGCCCCCCCUAUGCCGGGAGGAUGUUGGAGAGCAGCGGCUGCAAGGCGCUGAAGGAGGGUGUGUUGGAGAAGCGCAGCGACGGGUUGCUGCAGCUCUGGAAGAAAAAGUGCUGUAUCCUCACUGAGGAGGGGCUGCUGCUCAUCCCGCCCAAACAGCUGCAACACCAGCAGCAGCAGCCCGGGCAGGGGCCGGUCGAGCCAUCCCAACCCGGAGGCCCCGCUGUGGGCAGCCUCGAGCCGCCCGUCAAGCUGAAGGAAUUGCACUUUUCCAACAUGAAGACCGUGGACUGCGUGGAGCGCAAAGGCAAGUAUAUGUACUUCACUGUGGUGAUGGCCGAGGGCAAGGAAAUCGACUUUCGGUGCCCGCAGGACCAGGGCUGGAACGCGGAGAUCACGCUUCAGAUGGUGCAGUACAAGAAUCGUCAGGCCAUCCUGGCGGUCAAGUCCACGCGGCAGAAGCAGCAGCACCUGGUCCAGCAGCAGCCGCCGCAGCCGCAGCUUCAGCCCCAGUCCCACCCCCAAGCCCCGCCGCAGCCCCAGCCCCAACCCAAGCCCCAGCCGCAGCCGCAGCCCCAACCCAAGCCCCAGCCGCAGCCGCAGCCGCAGCCGCUCCAUCCGUAUCCGCAUCCGCACUUGCGUUCGCACCCACAUCCGCACCCGCACCCACUACCGCUCUCGCAGCCGCACGGCCACCGGCUUCUCCGUAGCACCUCGAACUCUGCCUGAAGAGGGCAGCACCCGAGCCAGACGAGGUUGUGAGGACUUGAGGAAGUGGGACAAGCACCUUUCUAUUAUCUUCACUUGGAUUGAAAACAAAACAAUCGCCCCGCCCGCACCAGACCAAGUAGUUUGGACAGAAUACGACCGAUAACUUGGCGAUUCCUCUUAGUUUUUCUGCAUACUCUUCAUCACAAUGCAGGAAAUGAUUUCGAGUCCAGAAGGCUUUAUUUAUGAACCUUUGAGAGGAUCUUCCAGUAUGGUGGACCUUUUAGGAGCGAUGAUGUACUGUAAUGUUAUUUUAAUGUAUUUUGAUUUAUGAUUAUUUAUUAGUUUUUUUUAAAUGCUUGUUCUGAGACAUUUCUGAAUGUAGGCCAUUUUCCAAAAAAGAAACUUUAUUUUCAAAAACCUAUUCCCUAGUAAGUUCUAAUCUUGGGAAAGAAGAAAGUAAAAGGGCGGUGAAGGGGAACACAUCAAGAAUUCAUUUUCAGAAGGUCUGAUACUUAAAUGUUAUACCAGGUGGUUGAAAUUAAACUCUGUGAUACUACGUGGAGUUUUCUUUCUUUUUUUUUUUCUUUUGAGUUUUUUUUCCUUCGACAUAUAUUUUGUGUAGAAUGGAAGUUUAAAGAAGCUAAACGUUCAGAAUUGUGUAAUUAUAAAAAUCGAAUUGCUUUUUCUAAAAGGAAAUCAGUAGUAAUGAUAGCUGAUUCAGAGUAUUUCAAACAUAACCCAACUGAUGGCAAGAUGAUCAUAUCCUGAAUAUACAAAGGAGGGCUGGGUCUGCUGUAGGAAAAGGCUUUCUUAGAUUAUCUAUGUGUGAAGGGUUUAAUAAGGAGUUUUCUAUGAUUUCUGAGUAUGAAUGCAUUAGGUGUUUCAUUUCAAAAAACAUAGUGGGGGAAAAGAAUUAUUCCACUUGUUUGAGAGAACAUUUGUGCUCUUAGCCACAAUAGAGAUUACCCUUCUCCAAGAGCUUUGCACACUUGAUGUGAACCACAUUUUCUGGCCCUUUUACUUUGUUCUAGAAUCAUAUUCUAUCUAGAAUCUCAUAGUUUAAAUAAAAUACAGUUUGUAAAUAUUUCAAAGGACUAGGAGUCAUAGCUUUUUGUUUUCAUUCUGAGAAUAAUGUUGAUCAGAGACACCAGCUGUUUUGCUUUUUAUUGCUCUGUGAGAAAUCCAAGGGUUAUAUGUUUUGUUGUUAAGUUAGCUAAACUCAGAAAUUGAAAAAGGAAGGACUGGAUAAACACUGGAUUUGCAGUAAGAAAACAACCCCAGUCUUGUUUUAGCAGCGACUUGUUCAGGAGUCUGGGGGGUUGUUGGUGGGGCGGGGGGAGGUGGGGGAAGAGCAUGUGCUUUUAAAGGUAGAACAAACCCUCUUCUGUGUUAAAUGAAAAGGAUGGUCAAAGUCCACGAGGGCAGAUGCUACUUAAGUUUAAAAAGAGCCCAUAGAUGCUACCAAAUCCUCUUACGGCUGAAAAUCACUUCCUAUCUGCCUAGCUUUACUAACGGGUCUCUGUUUUCCAUCAUCUUUUCUGCAAAGUCUUGAUCAGUAUUUUUCCAGCUUCCAAAUUGGAAUGGUCAGUAUUGGGCCACUGCUAAGUUCUGUAGUCAAGAAAUGAAAAUAGAAUUUCAUGCUAGAGAUAUCUUUAUUCUCCCUCCAUCUGAAAAGGAGUUUCAAGGUCAAAUUACUUCUCAGUGCAAUAUUUAAAUGAUGAAAAUUUGAGAUCAUAACUCAAAUCCAAAAAGUGGUGGGGGAAAUAAAAGUCAACCAAAUGGCAAGCAGAAUUUAAGUGGACUCCCACUUGCAGAGGCUAAGUUGCAGUUGUGAAAAAAUGUAUAUAUGAUGGGCAUCUCAGAGAGCAGAUCUCAAGAGUUCUUAAGUCAAGUUCGGUUUGAUUUCUUUGGAACCACUGCUGUGCUUUUUAAUAAUGCCUCAUUGUACUGUCAUUUUAAUACAUGCAGAUCAUGUAACCCCAAUUAACCCACAGCUUUUUUUUCCCAGAUGGUAGGAUUUUUCUUUCAAAUUCUCAUGCUAUAAAAAAAUUAAAAUCCAUACCAAAUACUUUUAAAAUUAAGAUUCUUGUAGACUUUUAAAGGCACUUGUAUGUUGUUAGCUUACAUACCGGCUAGGUAGUGUUGUCAAAAAAAAGUAUGCCCAGGCUCCCUCGUGGCUGCUAGAAUUUUUUUCUUUCUCACAAUGGCUCUGGUUUGUAAUGUGGCCACCGGAAUCAUGGUUCCUUGUAUUAUCUUUCCACAGCCCUUAGUCCUUGCUCUGCUGUGAUAUUUAUACUGAGUUGACCCUCUUAGUGACUCUCUAGUCUGAACCCCUCUUAGCAUUUAACUGUGAAACCUCAGAAAUUAGAAAGGAGAGGAGUAGGAUGGGAUUUUGUUUUUAUUUAACACUUAUUAUGGCUUAAUAAUUUUUCCAGCACAACAACAACAAAAAACGAGCAUACUUAACAAUACUCAGCAAAACAAAAUACAAAUGCAAAUCAUUUAAUGUGUUGGUGGCUCUAUUUUACCUGUAAGAAAAUGAUACAAACCACCUAGGGUAUUCUGAGGCCUGACAAAUCACCUUCAUGGAGAAAAGUGAUUCCUCUUUCAACCCAAGAAAGGGAAGAAGGAGAGGAGAGGUCCAGUAGAAAACCCACCCCUUAAAUAAACAUAAAAUGUAAAAAGUUGGACAAUUAAAAGGAAUGUCCCAUCUGGAAACUGAACUUUUUGUCUUUGAACUUGUGUUGGCACCAAGCCUCUUACACAGUGAGUUCAAUGACUAUCUGUUGGGACAAAUGAAAGAAGGAAAAAAUGUCUAACUCCCCAGCACCCAGGAGGGUGAUUUCUGUGGCCUCACACAGUGCUUCCUUCUUUACUUGCUCUCAUGCCAUUCCCUGAGGACAGCUACCACUGGGACCGGCUAUGCAUCCUGACGGAACUCCUUGGACAUACUUUCUUAGUGGAGAUCCACAUGGAUCUGCGUAUGCCCUACGGGGAGUGCUGAGGUCAGAGAGCAAAUGGCUAUAAAGGGCCCUUUCAAAAUGAACAUCUCCCUCAGAGGAAGGGGGAUUCUCUCAUCAUGUAGAAAUCAAACCAACUUUAUAACUUCAUUUCACGUAUUUUUUUCAAUGGAGGUUAAAAAAAAAGAAUGAAGCCCAGUUGUUGCUUAGAAGAGCUCCUCUUAACACAUUAGCACCGUUAGGAAGUCUGGCUUAAGCUGAGAGGCCCGUUUUAAUGCUGUAUUGCUCUCAUAUUCUAAACACGCUAUUUCUCUUAAAGACUCUUCAUUCAAGUCUGACACUAUAUGAGUUGUUGCCAGUGUGUGGGUUCAAACACAUCACUUGUUUUCUGUCCCCAGGGAGAGUGCUUUGGUUUUAGCUUGGCUCCAAGUGUUUACAGUGUCAUGUUCAGUGGCAGGUUUACAAGAGGGAUCUAAGACUUGAAUGAAACUGGAGCAAUCUCUAGAAAAUAGAGCUUUGUAGGAUGACGAUGGGCCUGUGAACAUUCGUUUUCCUCUUUUUUUUGUAAAUGUCAAACUAAUUCGUUUUUGCUUUACCAGUAAAAUGCCCUCAGUAGAAUAAAAUUUAAAUUUGGGAAUUAUAGAGCUCGAUGAAUCCAUCAGUGAUUCUUUCAAGAGAAAUACACCUAUUUACCUAAAACAACCUAAGAUGUAUUAGUUGUGGAAUUGGGUUGGAUGGGUUUUUAAGAACUAUUUUCUAAAUUCUUGACACAGUUUAAAGGGUGAUUUUUUUCCCCCCUUUUUUUUGCGGUACGCGGGCCUCUCUGCCGCGGCCUCUCCCGUUGCGGAGCAUAGGCUCCGGACGCGCAGGCUCAGCGGCCAUGGCUCACGGGCCCAGCCGCUCCGCGGCAUGUGGGAUCUUCCCAGACCGGGGCACGAACCCGUGUCCCCUGCAUCGGCAGGCAGACUCUCAACCACUGCGCCACCAGGGAAGCCCUAAAGGGUGAAUUUUGAUCUGCGGUGCCGAACAGCCAAUACAGAUUUACAUAAGAUUGGAUGACAAAGUGAUCUGUGACUUUGUUGGCAGGACUCCAUCUCUCAGAUGGAGUAAAGGAUCCAACAGGGUUUCCUAGAAAGGUCAUUAUUGUCCAAUGAAGGAAGCAGAAGGGCCCUGGACUAUUAGAUGCAGCUGCAUAAAAACUACCUGUUCUGAAGCUGGCCUGCUGGUGAUCAGCUGGGUGGUGGGGAAGCAGAUUUUAACAACAGGUGGUCCUUCCAGACCAUUGUAUUUAUUUUGAGAAGAAAGAUAAAACAAUUGUCUGUUACAUUCCCCUGUCAACCUUCUGCUUAAAAUUUCAGAAUAUGCAAAUACGAGCUUUGAAAAGCAAGCGUCACCAUGUACCAAAUGCUUUCAAACUAUCACAUUUGUGAACUUAAGUGGUCGUCAUUUGUGUAAAUAUGUCCCUUAAAUGAUUUUGGAGAGAUGUGAUUUAUUUUUCGUAUUUUCAAAAUGCAUUCCAUUUCAAAUAAAGUAUCUGUCAAGAUGA